GCCGCUGCGCACGUAAGCGUAUUGUGGCUAGCGUUGUAACCUUUCGUAGUUCUGUGGUUGAGUUUUUGGACGCCGCACAGCCGCACCCUUGUUUAUCACACCAAAGGUAAUAGAUUGUAAGAAUGGGGACAGGAAGAAUGACGUUUGGGAGCCGAUGCGCUUGUGCUGUAGCCGCUUCACAGAAUCCAAGGAAGAAAUGGACAUAUACUUGAGUUCACGGCGUGUGCGUCACACCAAGAAAACCAAAAAAGGCCCACAGAGUUCAACCAAAGAGGUCUCGCUAAAUGUGAGAAAAUUAAGGGUGGCGGGAAAGAGGGCUGCCACUGCAGACCUGGAGCAGUGCCACAGCUGCCGGCACCUGGAGGAGGAUGUGCAAAGGCUCCAGGCAGAAAAUAGCAAGCCCCGGACGCUUAACAUGAGGCUGCAGGAGCAGCUGCUGGACAGGCUCUCGCAAGCAGGCAUGCAGGCUACUCGCAGCCCGCCACCGGAUGUGGCCGACCAAGAUCCAUGGAGCCCACCCUGCUCAAGUCUUCAGGAGGACACAUAUGCACCAGUGGAUCUUGGAGGAACAGGUUCAUCACAUUCUGUGGCAGUGCCUGCAGUGCCUGCAGUGCCAACAGCUCCUGCAGCACCGGCCUCUGUGGCCACUGCCUCCGCGGACGUGCCUGCGGUGCCAACAGCUCCUGCAGCACCGGCCUCUGUGGCCACUGACUCCGUGGACGUGCCUGCGGUGCCAACAGCUCCUGCAGCACCUGCCUCUGUAGCCACUGCCUCCAAGGACGUGCCUGCUGAAACUGCUGCCACCGCUGUGGCGAACUGUUCAUUUAUCAGCGAUGGACAGGUUCAUCUGGCCAACGGUGUCUUGCUGCAGAGGGCCACUUAUGACCAACUGAUGGGAGUCCAGAAGGACUCCCAUUUUGUUAAAAGGGCCGCCGUCGCAAUCUGGUCGUCAGAGGUCCUCGCUCAAAGGAGCUUCACCGGGACCCUGACGAACCGGUUUGUGGCGGAAGGUGGCCAGAAAGCCCCACAACAGCCACUGACGCCUCACAAAGUAGAUGCACUGAGAGUCUUUUUCAGGCACUAGGGUAUAUCCAGAGGCAAGACACCAGACGAGGUGGAAAAUGCCCAAAAAAAUAUCAGACUGUGGCUGUCCCAAAAGACAUCCGAAUUGAGGCGAGGAUCUAGGAAAUAAAUGCAUUCUUUUCCUUUCAAAAAUAA